GAAGUUUCUGCAGAUGCAUGGUUCGAAGGGAUUCUCCUAGAAAGAGAUUACUCCGUUGAAUUGUUAGUCAUGUCAUCGAUGACGGAGAAGGAGAAGGAUAGAGAUCUACCACAGCAAGAGAUUGAAGAGACUACUCCGUUGCUCGACGAUUCUCAACCGGAAGGUGAAUUGAGAUCGAAGACCGCGGCGGCGAAGGAUAUGAACUGGAGUCAAUUUUACCAUGUACUCGUAAAACCUCUUCGUCCAAUCCAACUUCUUCGCUUCAUCAUCAUCCUCCAAAACCUUCCUUAAGCUAUCUCUUUCCAUGUACUCGUAAAACCAUGAAUGUAUUGCGGCGGUGCGAGCAGAAUCCCAAGAGUGUCACGGCGUUUCAGUUAUGGAUCUCGGUUAAUGAUCUGAUUUUGUUUAGGAACUCUUGUUUUGUCAAUGAAUUUGAGAUCGAUGAGUUUGUUGUUUCGUUUAGCUUUUUAACCGCCAUGGUUACGUUUGGAAGCUUUGCUUUGUAGAUUUUCAUGUGUCAUCCGGUUCCGAUUAUGUGUUUUGGAUCAAAUUUUCCUAUUGUUUUGAUGAUUUCUUAGUAUCGGACUUUGCCGUUGAAGCUGAAGAUGGAUAGUGUUUCUCCUCCGGAUUCCAAAUCUAUGUGCUCUUUUCGAUUUGUCUGGUUCUUUUACGGAAACACAUGAAGACAUCGUCGUAGACGAAGAAUUAAGAUCGCUAUGAUGAUUGGAACUAGUGUGUUGAUGAUUAAGUUUCGAUAUUUGUUUGAUUUCUUCUUACAUGUGAUCGAACAAGGCUUCAAGAUCUUGUUAAUAUUAAAUGGUCAAAUCCCUUUGGGGUAAUGUGGUAUAUAUAGUUGUUUGAAUCUAUCUUGUAAUGGAUAUGAACAAAUGGAUGGCUAAAUGAAUUGGAGUCAAUUUU